UUGUUUUACUCUGUAUUUGAUAUCAGCGAAGCACAUUUCAUUGCUCUUUUGCAAGCAGAUCGGUUGGAAAUCAGUCAGUAAAUUUCGAUGUUAGCGGCAUUUUUUAGUUGCGGUGUUUAACUUUGGCAAUUUUUUUUUCGGUUUCUCACUUCAAAUCAAUUACGAUAUAUUUUCGGGACUAUUAUCAGUUUUUAGUAAUUUCUUUUACCGUUAUCUUCCAAUACAUUCAUCUAUUACGGCAACGUGCAGGCAAAAAUCGUCCAAUCUAAAAUGGCACAAGCAGUUACACGGAAUUCACCAUAUGCCAUAGGCCAUGAAUUUAUUCGACAAUAUUAUACGCUUAUGAAUAGAAGUCCGAAACAUAUGCAUCUUUUCUACGAUGAUAAUGCAAGUUUCACUCACGAUCACCUCGAUUUCAACGAACGGCGUACAGAUAGAGCCGAUGAAAAAACGGUCAUUCGAGCUAUAAUGGUAGAGCGUUCACACCAUUUCACGCACACCAGCACAUAUGUUCAUAAUAUCGAAGCGGUCGAAACGAUUAACGAUGGUCUUAUUGUCCAAGUUCUUGGCGAAAUUUCAUUCAAUCAACAAGCUAUGCGUCCAUUCAGUCAGAGCGUAAUUUUGUAUCCAAGAGCACCAAAUCAUUAUUUUGUGCAAAAUGAUAUUUUCCGGUUUUUAGAUCACGAUAUGGACAUUCCGUCACCGGUAAGAGUUCGUUCAAAUGCUAGCGCCGAACUAACUGACCAAACCACCCAAACUAGCCUAUCAAUGGAUAGCCAAGCAAGCCAUUCCACACAAACCACCCAAACCAAUAAAACCACACAAACCACACAAACGAAACAAACCAAACAAAGCAAACAAAACAAAGAACCCAAACAAAGUGAUUCGAUGGAAAAAAUUCAGGCCGAAGAUUGGGGAACACAAUGCGAAGAGUAUAUUGAACCGUACGAAGAACAUGUUGCAAGGCAGAAUAUGCCACGUGCUAGUCACCAAAUUGAUUAUAGUACGGAUGAGGUAAAAUUGGAUACCAGCGACAGUGGAUUGUCUAGUGAUGCUGAAAAGGCAAUCAUGGACAUUCAAUCCUUGAAUCUGAAGACAAUAUUGCAAGAGUCAAAAACAAUUACCAAAGAAACAGUCUAUAAGCGUGUACUAACACCUCCAACUUUCCUCGAAAAUGAACCGUCAACAGACACAAAUACAGCCACCGCCACGGUCGAAGACAUUUCAGAAAAUCAUACACAACUAUUUCGUGAUUCAUGCAUUCUAACGAUUGGCAAUGUAAUUAAUCCCAAUAUUGAAUUGUUCGAUGAAGAUGCUGUACGAUUGGAAAAUGCGACAACAUCAACACAAUUUGCACCAUCCGACAAUGAUAAAACACAGGAGAACAUCGAUGCAAUAAAUACGUUAAAAAAUGAUGAGAAUAGUCAAGGAAAACUCAAGUAUCGUAAACGAAAAAACAAACUAAAAGUUAAAAAUGAAAUGCAAAAAGAUAAAUUACACGAUGAAUGCAUUGAAAAGGUCGAAACAGAACCAAAGUCUGCUGAGCUCGCAUUGGAACAAAAUACCGUAUCCAGUGAAAUACCCGCAAAUACAAUAGAUGCAACACCGACGAACAAAACGCCAAAUGAAAAUUCAACUAUGCCAACACAAGAUCAAAGUAUGGCAGAACAUGUUGAACAAGAAACGCCGAAAGCUAGUUCGUCCGAGACUAAAACAUAUGCCGAUCUGGCAAAGGAAGGGAGUAAAGAAGAAUGGAUCGAUGAGCUGGCAACACAGCGAGACAACCGCAACAAGAGCCGGCCUCCAUUAGUGCGACGCGUCGAGAAAACCACCCCGCCAAAUAGUAAACCUGCAGAUUCAAGUUUUACAAGUCGUUCAUCGCCCAAAAAUGAUCAAUGUCAAGUAUUCAUCGGAAACAUACCGCAUACCGCGACAGAAGAAGGCAUUCGAAAAAUGUUCUCACGUUUUGGACGCAUCACCCGGCUCAGACUACAUUCGAAUAAUCGAAAGGACUGGCUUCCAUAUUAUGCAUUCAUAACAUACGAAACGAUUCAAUCCGCUAAAUAUUGUUUAAUGAAAAAGAGCACUUUCUAUUGGCCCGAAAAUAAUCCAGACGGACAAAAGCUGAAUGUCAACGGUGAUCCGUCCAUAGAUGUUUGGGAAGAAUCGGGAAGCCGUCGAUUGAGCGAUCCACCACCACAUCGAGGCCGUGAAUUGCGACAAUUUAGCAAAAACUUUGUCUUAGGAAACAAAGAAGGUACCAACAAGCGAUCUCCAGAUUCUGAUACAAACGUCAACGAAUCGGCAAAAAAUGAACGCCGCAAGGGAUCAAACAAAAAUUGAAAUUUGUCACAUACUCCAUUCAUCAUUCUACCUGUCUUUACAUAAGUAAAUUUAAAAAUUUAUGAAUUUCUCCAUUGUGAUUUAACAGUUCCAAACUCUUAACACAUCAAAUAAUAUUUAUUGUUUUUACAAUCAAUUUCGAAAUUAUACACAUAUUAUGAAUAAGUAUUUUUUCACAUCAACAAAGUGAAUCUAAUUCGGCAACAUAAAUAAAAGUUUCUCGUCAUUCGCAUCGAAUGGAAAUGAUCGAUUAUGAUGAAACAAUUCUUAAACAAAAAUCAAACAUCGUUAAUAUGAAGAAAAAAAUGUCCAAUGGAAACAUUAUAAAAUUCAGCAUACGAGCAAUAGCAAAUGAUAGAAAAAUGAUUUCCAUUUAUUUUAUUAAAAAUAUAUUCAAUUCAACGUGAAGAAGUUUAAAUCACCAAAAUUGUACCAUGGUUGUGAUUUUAUAGUCAUAUAUAUUGCGACAAAAAUUAAAAUUGAUCGUGUGCAAUCAUAGUUAAAAACAAAUUAAAAUUGUAGCAAACUUUUCAUUUCUUUUCAACAUCUAAUACGAACAAUAAAUUGCUUAACUUAUUUUGAUUUUGUUGAAA